AUGCCGCCCGCCAAUUCACCCACUGACACCCGCCCUUCCACUCCUCCAAACCCUAACCUCUACUUUCGUCAACUCGAAGAAGCUAUUUAUUCUCCAGUCCCGGAUCUCGCUUCUACUUUGAACCUGAAUCCUGCCGAAGCUCCUUCGCAAAACGAGGAAGGAUCCCGCACUGAAAUCCCAAGUGUGCACAACCCCCGACUCUCUGGCCAAGCCAGAGGGCAACGGGAGAGUCGUACAACCACUGGGUCGGAAGAUAUCGAGGGAACCCGACUAGAACGAGCAGAAGAAACAAUAUUCGCUCGCAGAAGCUAUUUGACUGAAGCAGAAUUCCAAAAUUGGUCGUCUGAGAAUCGAAGGAGAGCUAUCAUGCAAAGCCAAAGAGCCAGAACUCGGAUGAGCGCUUCUCCCACCAGACAAAGAGAAGGCCAGCGGCAAAAUUACGCCACGACCGGUCCGGGCCCUAUCCGGGAAAGCCUAUAUGAUUGGGCGGUCACCGUAGCACCGAGUCAAGAUUCGCGAGAUCUGAAUUCGAGCGAUGACAGUGAUGAGGAUAUGGAAGGGACCAGCACCGCGGCCCCAAAUACGGACAUCGACGCAAGACGGGAUCUGCAGCGCCUGGAAAGGGCUCUCCAGAGCUAUCGCUCGGCGCGGAAUGCUCUAAGAUUGGGCAGAACAUCAGAUAUGGGAACCGUUCCUACGGCCGGUGCUCUUCGUGCGUUUUGGAACGAGGAGACCAGCGAAAAUGUGCCCGCAAUGAGAUCAUCCGGAUCUGGAUUUUCGAGUCAAUAUCAACAAGAGAGACAAGAGAGACGAGAGAGAUUCCGGCGACACAGGGAAUUAAUCAGGUUCCUCUCUGACGAGGGAAGACGUCUGGACCUUGAGUGUCGGUUGACAACACGGAAAGACCGUCGAAGAGCUGAAGCGUUUACACGGGUGAGAAAUUCAAUUCGAUAUCUCUCUCAACUGAGACAUACCGGGGUCGAGGGAGGCCUGGAAUUGGCCAGGCAGCUUGGCCUCGACUCACUGUACGAGUCGGAGGAAGCAAACAUCCCUAGUGAUUUGCCCAUGCACGUCAACAGUCUUCCUAUCCCGCAAUACAGCUCAUGGCUAGAACCAGGCAUGGUCUGGCACGGUCUGCAGUCGACAGAUCGAGAUGCUGCAAUUCCCGAAGAUUCUCACACCAUCCGUCGACAGAGGCAACGAGAACUUUUUCGUCGGACCCUCGAACGGAGAAGAGAACUGGGCAUGGGCAAUCUUGAAGAAGGUCCCGUAUGGGACGCGGUGCAACAUUUCUCUGACCCCCUGCAGGACAACAAUGGUCGAUGGGGAUCAUACCACCCUCCUCAGUCUCCAUCCCCUCUUCAGACUUCCGAGGCUGACCAUUGGCCCGUCAAAGUGAUUAUCCAUUCCGCCGACUACGAUGCUAUGACGCUCACUGGAACAAUGUCGGCAAGCCACCUGCCCGAUAAACUCUCACCUCUGCAUCGAGCUACUUCUCCACAGCUCGCGACGACUACCAGUAUGUCUUCAUUUUUCACUGGAGAAAUCAUUGAUUUUCGACGACAACCGUUGGAGACCGAAAGUGAAGGCCGCAGCUAUCGGGUUGGUGGGCUUGACACCGAUGCACGUUAUUGGGCACGUCUGGGUCCCUUUAGAAAAGAGAUUGAAAAGGUCAGAAACUUGCGUGGAAAGAGUAGGAGUGAGUACCAGCAGGAUAGCCGACUCUGGGAUGCAUUUAGAAAGGCCGCGAAUCGGGAUGGAGAAAACAAAGAUUCAAACGGCCCCUCUGGCAUGCCUCCUCCACCGACAGGGACUGGUGAGACAGGAACAAGGGACAGUUCCGAAGGCCACCUAGACUCAACUGACAAUCAGCCGAGCGCUCUGUCAGCAGAAGCCGCAGAAAGCAGGGAAACGGAAGACGAUGAAGUCAUGGCCCGCAGCCUGGGUAGUGCCAAAUGGAUAGAAGAGAAAUUGGGAAGAGAAUGGAUACUCAUGCGUUGGAAAGAGCGUUGUUUUGUCACACCCACUGGGUCGUCAUCAAAUGUUAAUCCGACCAGGACCAUCUUCACAAUGACAUCUUCGUCCACAAUUCCCACCGGACCUUCCCCGGACACCACCGCGCAAGGCAGCACUUCUUGGGGCCUCACGAUCUCUGGGUUCUACUAUAUUGCGUUGAAUCGAUUGACCGGAGAAAUUGAUGGUCUGUAUUUCGACCCAGGAUCCCAACCGUACCAAGCGCUCAAGAUGGUUCCUGAUGGGACUCCGAUGCGUGGAGUGGUCUCCGAAAGCCGGAGCGAAGGUAGCCAGGAGGCUGGCCAGGCAAUUCCUAGCAAAUUGGCCCACGGGGAGCGUUGCAUUUGUGGAUGCGGCGAGCAGAAUUGUAAAGAACGUGUCGGGUUGAAGAAAUGGUUCCCAUCUGUCGAGUUUCGGUAA